UUUAAGAGAGGGGUUUAAUAGACACCAGGUGCGCACACGCACACACGCCCGUGCAGAGCGCUCGUGCUUUGGGGGCCCGGGACCCGCGGUGGGGAACCGGCGGGCGCUGCGUCCCCGCGUGUUGGCAGUUGGCGACCCCCCUGGCAUCCCCCUCCGCCGCGGACUCCUGUGGCCUCGGAGGCCGGCAGUCAACUCCCAAUGUUUUCCAUAUUUGUUCAGCCUCCGUAAUCCGAAUACCAGGGCAGGCUCAGCCCGCCCAGCGCCGCGCUCCAGGGCCCAGGGAGCCGCGCAGAGCCCGCCGGCCACCCCGCCGCCCGGCCACCAUGGGCGACGACAAGCAGCCCCGCGGCCCGCAGAGGCAGGGGGGGCCGCCGGCCGCGGACGCCGCCGGGCCCGACGACGCGGGGCCGAAGAAGGGCAAAGGGGCCCUCAAGGCGUGCGGGGAGGAGGAGGCCCGGACGUGCUGCGGCUGCCGGUUCCCGCUGCUGCUCGCCCUACUGCAGCUGGCCCUGGGCAUCGCCGUGACCGUGGUGGGCUUCCUCAUGGCCAGCGUCAGCUCCUCCCUGCUAGUCAGAGACACUCCAUUUUGGGCUGGGAUCAUUGUCUGUUUAGUGGCCUAUCUUGGUUUGUUUAUGCUUUGUGUCUCGUAUCAAGUUGAUGAACGGACAUGUAUCCAGUUUUUUAUGAAACUGGUGUACUUUCUGCUGAGUGCCCUGGGCCUGACAGUGUGUGUGCUGGCCGUGGCGUUCGCUGCCCACCACUAUUUGCAACUCACACAGUUUACCUGUGAGCCCGCACUUGACUCCUGCCAGUGCAAACUGCCCUCCUCCGAGCCACUCAGCAGGACCUUUGUUUACCGGGAUGUGACUGACUGUGCCAGCGUCACUGGCACUUUCAAACUCUUCUUACUCACCCAGAUGGUCCUUAACCUGGUCUGUGGCCUUGUGUGCUUGCUGGCCUGCUUUGUGAUGUGGAAACACAGGUACCAGGUCUUUUAUGCGGGUGUGAGGAUGUGCUCCCUCACAGCUUCCGAAGGCCAGCAGCAAAAGGCCUAACUGAUUCACUCUGAGGUGAGAGAGAAAACAGCACACUGAGGAGCUGAGGAGAAAAAAAAUUUUUUUGAAGAAGAGAAAACUUGUGACAAUAAAUACUGUUCACUGGUCUAAAUGAAUAUUUUUAUAUUUUUCACAAAACAAAGAGCAUUUCUUCAGGUUUCUAUUGUAUUUUUAAAAAUUCUUGGUGGGGGGAACAAGAUCCAAAUUGAUUUGUUGGAUAUUAAAAAUUGAAAGAGGGCCGGCGAUUUAGGUCAGGUCCCAAGUUCGAUCCCCAGGAACCAAAAAAAAAUUUUUUUUUUGAAAGAAUGCUGAACGGGGAACGAAUGACACAGAUCUAUCUUUAGAGUGUGGGGUUUAUUCCUCACACUCAUUUUAUCCAUGACUCAUAUGACCUUCUUUCCUGUUGGUCCAGUUCAAUGAAGUGAACUGGCAAUUCAAGCCCACUUGCUAGAUUUUAUAGUUUUCUUCCGGUCUUUCACGCCUCUCACCAUUUUCUUCACGGGGGUGUCUUGGUGAGAGGCAGCAGUGAGGGAAGAGCUAAAUGUCCAGGCUGAAUGUUUUUAUUUUCCCUGGUAGACAUGUCUGCGGGACAUGAUAGCUUUACAAAGCAGAGGAGAAAAGGAAUAGACUUUGCAAUGGGCUAAGUAAUCAUAAAGAGCUGGGCUGGGAUGCGGAAUUCGGGCUCCUUUAGUUGGUUUCUGUUAAGUGAAUCACUUGCUAAAUGCUUGGGGAUGAUUGUCUACUUCUCAAUAAUUGGAAGGUAGUGGUAGCUGUACUCUUAAUGAUGUAGAAGGUUUAAAAAUAAUUACAUUGUGCUUCUAUUCUAUCAUCUAAAACAAAUCAUUAAAACUAAUUUCUAGCUAAUUGUUAAUUAUAAUUAUGCUCAGAAGUCUAUUUAAUGAGCUCUGGCUGUACUCACGCAGUGCUGUUGGUGUUAAGAGAAAUUACUCUCACAAGAGAACAUGCUUAAAGAUCCACCCCAAGCCAAGAAUUAUAAAAAGAAAAUUUUGUUCCUAAUGCUCAGGUUAAAAACACUCGUUUAAACAAAAACAAAAGCAUUUGUCAUAGGAAAUGUUUAUACAAAUAGCACAUUUGUGAUAUGUUAAAAAGUAUCUCUCUUGGCAACCAUGUACCUUUCAGGAAAAUUGGGUAACGGCCAUGAGUUUUAUUCAUAAAAUUGCAUUUGAUACAUAACCUGUGCCUGUAGUCAACCUAUAGACUCAAAAUAACGUUUUGGUGUCCUUUUUGGGGUAAUAUGUCCAUGGUCUUGGGGCAGUAGUUUUAUUUUUAAUUAAGACUUAAAGCACAUGUACCUUAUCAUGGUACCAUUGUUAUUAAAUCCUGAAGAAUUUCAGUGUUUUAAUGAAGGAGCCAAAAAUGAAAAUUCAGGCAACAUAAGUGUUAUCAAGAAUUUCUCUAUUAGUACUCUAUGCUCCCUAUUGAUACACUUUUCUGAUCAUUAAAUUCUACCCUAAAAGGAAAACAUGUUCUUGUUUGCUUUUGAGGAUAUAGGAAUAAUUACAUUGAUUGUGAUAAUGGUGUCAAUUUUUGCACAAUAAAAAUACUCAAAUAAAAAGGAAAAUGUUAAGACAGUAACCUAGAGGACUGUAAAUAUCUCUUACGUCCUCCAGAUAAAACACCUGAUUAACAAAUGCGAAAACCUUUUUGUGUUUUAACUCACUUUAAAAAUGGCCUUGCUCUGCCUGAGCUCAGGGCAAGAAAGUACAUUGGCCAACUCAAUGGAUAAAACUUUAGGGCAGAAUUGAUCACACACAAAAAAUAUCAUCCACAGAGUACCAAAUCUCUUGGAGAUGACCUGAAAAGUCCUUGGGGCCCUGUUAAGAAAAAUCCCCCAAACUGAUUCUGCUUUGGGUUUUGAUAAAGUUUCCUACAUAGAGAAGAAAAUGAUCUGGAAUGUUGUAGGCUUUUAAAGAGUAAGAAAGUCGUGCUUUUAAAGAGUAAGAAAGUCGUACUUUAAUGUUAUCUACUAUGAAUCGGGCAUCACUGGAAGCCCAUCCUGAAUACCUUUAGCAACUUUUUUUAUAGUGAACUCUACAAGAUUUUAUAUUAGAAAAUUAAUAUUCUCCACAUCAUGAAGGUGCUCUAUGCUUUACAGAUGAUUCACAGGUUGUUUUAAAUAGAUUAACUUUAGCUUGUAAGCUUCCUUUUUCUACACAAUGAAACCAAGAAGAGCUGAGAUAGUAAUAGAGCUUGAUAACAAUACCUAUAGUAGUCAGGACACACAUACACAUAUGCAUACAUGACAGGGAUUUUACUAUUGUGUAAUCAGCAUUCUUAAAUUCCCAAAGAAAGAAAGGAACAGAAAAGAAAGGAAGAAGAGAUUAGCUGCAAGCUCACUGUGUAUUGAUAUGUGUAAGAAUUGUGUUGCAUGAAUAACAAACUGCUUUGGGCUGGAUUUGAAGUAUUUUGAUGUUAUGUUUUGCAAAUAUUGAAGUUACAAUAAGGGCAACAGAAAAAGAACAGAUACACAGCUUUACACUUAGCAAAAUGUUACAUCUAAAACCUGACAGGAAGCCAAGACGGGGACUGUCUCUUCUAAGCCAUAAGAGAGUAAGAUUUGAGCAAUCCUCCUCCUCUCCCACCUCCUUCAGGAGAUUUAAACGAAUCAAGACUUUGGAAAGAAGGGAAACAGCCGGGACUUGGCAGGACUUGAAAUAGGAGGAAUACAGCAGCCGAAAUGUACAGACUCUGUAACCGAGCCCACUCAGUCGGCCUGUGCCUUCACGUGACCACCAUCUGUGCCUCCCCCGCUCCAUCCAAAUUUGUGUAGGCAGCGUCUUGGAACUGUGCCUAAGAGUAUAGCUACACCAGGGCCCUGGAAACUGUAGUCAAGUAACCGGCCUAACUUUUUUUUUUCCUCUUCGAAUUAAAAAUGCAGAUGAUCUUUUUUGAGGGGUUUCCAGCUGUAGACAUCAAGUGUUUUGUCCUGACAGGAAGAAUGUAUUAUGGAUCUAUUUUCUGUUCCUGUCCAAGACGUUAGGCUCUUUUCAUAUUCUUGCAUUUCCCUUCUUUCAUGCAGUGUAUCUGGAACAUGUUUAUUAAAUUUUAGUAAAGGCGGGGACAAUGGGUAUCCGAGGGAGAUUCCAAAGGACAGCUGUGGAAUGGUUACUUAACCAUAAUCAGAGACGAAAAAACUGCCCUGCAGAUCCAAUCAUUUGCAAACAUGAAACACAUCUUUGUAUUUUCCAGUGAUUGUUUCUGAACUCCUGUUAUGUGGCCAUAUAUUUCUGUAAAUCCACUGGCUAUCAGUUUUUAAUAUAAUAAAACAGCUAUCGUGUUUUUAGCUGUACAUUGUGUAUGGAGCUAUGUGAUGGCCAAAGACAUUGACUCACAGUGGAAACAUUCGUUUAGAUGAAGAUUUAGCGGUUGCGCCUUUGAAAUGAAUACCUUGAUUUGUUUCUUCUGAUUUUCUAGUACUUUAUUAUUGCAAAUGAUUAUUAUUAUCCCCUUCAAAAAUAUUGGUCUGUAUUUUGGUGUUGCGGUUUCAUUCUUCUGGCCUUGCUCAAAUAGUGAGUAGAAAAUGAAAUGUUUCUCCAUGUUUGAGGUGGUUGUUUUUAAAGAGGAUGUGUAUACUACAGAUUUUCUUAAUAAAAUUUUCAGUCUCUGAAAA